CUAUUUUAUUUUGGAAAAUUAAAAUGCGAUUGAGGCGCCAACCUUUUGCUAAAUUCGAUGCGAGUACGAACCCAUUUUUAUGGAAUUCUAAAGAUGUGAGCAUGUUGAUGAUUUGUAUACUCUCUGUGAGUAUCACUACCUAUUCAUUUCAUACAGUUUUAUUUUACUAUUACUUCGAAAAGAAUGUUGUCCCUGCAGAUUAUGUACCGGAUGCAUUUAUUUUUCUUCACACAUUGAUUGUCGUUUAUGUGGCAAAUGCAAUCACUAGAAAGUACACUAGUGAAAACAAAGAUCAGAGGAAGGCCUCAAGAAAAAUUUAUGUUUAUGUUGGGCUAAUCACAUCCAUCGUGGCUUUCGUCGUACGUUUAGCCGUACUUGGAUUUAUAGCUGAUCCCGAAAAACAUGGCGAUGAUUUCCAAUACCUGUAUUUCAGCAAUUUUAUGUUUCUGUUGGAAAUCAGUCUUUGGUUACUUUCGCUCGAGUUCGACAUUGAGGUUACGAGAGAAGGAAAGAAAAUUAUAGUUCAAAAUCAUUCGAACGAUGUUAUCAUUGGUGCUGAUCAUUAAAAUUGUUUUGCAAGGAUAGCUUGAAGAUAAACUCACUGUCUAAAUGCAUGGAUUCAAUGCAUUAUGGGAUUAGCCUUGUUUCGUAAUUAUUCUAUUCUUGUGCAUUGAGAAAGAGAGAUAAAAGAAACGUGAUGCUCGAAAUUAUGUAUUUUAUAUUACAUGUGUACGAACAUAUGACUGUAUUGAUAAGGACAACCAACAUUUUUUUUAAAAAAGGAAAUCUGCCUAUUCUUAAUUUUAAUUAUAUGAGAA